AUUAAUUUGAAUUAAAGUUAUGUUUGAAUUCUGUUAACUUGUUCAAGAUUAUAUAAGAAUACUUUGAAUUUUCUAGAGGAAUACUAUAUAAAAAUUAAUGAUGGCAAAGUAUUUACCACAUUUUGUGAACAUAUGUACAAUUCAUAAUGUUUCAGAACAUUGUAUGUUGAAAUAUGUCAGUAGAAUAUCUACUUACUAUAGGUAUUAUAGUUCUGCUUUACUUGUUCCUAGUAGUAAACGCACACAAACAUUUUCGUUUGUGACACCAUAUUUGGAUUUUGAUGAUAAAAUAAAGAAUAUGGAAAAAUUAACAGAGCAAUUAAAAUAUAGAACACAAGAGUUGAAAGCUAACGAUGUUAAGAACAUGUGGCAAUUUUACAAGUUGGUAAACACAGAUAAAUGUAGAUUGGAAGAAAGAAGCGAUGAAAUAUCAAAAAGAAUGUCAAAGUUUUUCUCAAAAAAAGAGUUAACAGAAGAGGAGCAAGCAGAGUUUGCUAAAUUAAAAUUGCAGAAUGAGACUGUGAAGACUGAUUUAAAGUCAGUUAAAAAUAUUAUAGAUGAUUUACAAGAAAGCGUUUUAUUGAAAUUGCUACAGUUGCCAAAUGAAUUAGAUAAGAGGACACCGCCUCAAACUCCUGAAGUGUUAAAACAAGGUAAUGUCUUCAAUCAACAGGAUGGUCCAAAAUAUCCGAGAAGUCAUAUUAGAAUUGGAAAAGAUCUUGGUCUGUUGGAAUUUAAAAAUCCUAUGCUGUAUUUCUUGUGUAACGAAGCAGCUCUUUUUGAGCUUGGCGUAUUAAGUUAUGCUGGUGUAAUACUUAGCAAAAGUAACUUGAUUCGAGUGGCAGGUUCAGAUUUUAGUCGUAGCGUGGUAGUGGAAGGUUGUGGCUUAAAUCAUGAAGACAGUUCUGAUGCUUUCCUAAUACAUAAUCACAGCGAUGUAAAUGAAGGUUCCUCAAAUCGUAUGCAUCUUGUUGGAGGUGCAAGUUUGAUUUCAUUUUUGGCAAUGCACACAAAGCAAUUGAUAAAUCCGAGACAUUUGCCAAUAGGAUAUUUUUCAACUGGAAGACAGUAUACUCCGUAUCAUCCAAAGACUCCAUCAAUUGGUCUGUUCAAUGUCUGUCAAGCAUCAGCUGCUGUUAUUUUUGUGCUAACUCAGAAUUUUGAAGAAUAUAACAAUCAAUACAAUAUGUUAUAUAACACUGUGUGUUCUUUAUAUGAUAACAUAUGUGGCAAUUAUGAAGUUGUUAUAAGGCCUGCUUCACAUUUAAAACCAUGGGAAUCAAUGCGUGUAUCUUUCGAAUUAUGGUCUACAUUUUUAAAGCAAUACGUAGAAGUUGGUCAUAUUUCACUGUGUGGUAACUACUUUAGCAAAAGAUUACUGAUUUCAUACCAGACAGCUACUGGACGAGAUUUUCCUUUUGUAAUAAGUGGGACAGUAUUGUCGGUACCACGUCUUCUGGGUUGUUUGUUAGAACAAAGUACAGAGAAAUUUGAUAUCCCAGCAAAGAUUAGAAAGCACAUGCAUGAUGUCCUGUAAAUCUAAGAAGACAAUUUUUAAAUAAUAUAACAUAAAAGAAACCUUUAGAUUUUGUUCUAUGCACAUGUUUCAUAUACUUAUUUGUCCCUGAAUUUAUAUAGAAUUUUGUGUACAUAUUUUGUUAGAAUAAAUAUUAGUGAUUUCAUAAAGAA